GAAACAGAUGUGAAAAACGUAGCCUGAAUCAAAACAAACAUUGGUUUUGAGUAUAAUUUUUGAAUACCAUUUACUAUUUAAUUUUACCAUUUACUAAUAGUACCAAUUAAUCUAUUUGGAUUGUACCAGAAUCAAUAUUCAAGUUAACCACAAAAGUAUCCUAUUGUCAAAACAAAUUGUUCACAACACAUUCCAAGAUCACAAUUACUGAGUGAUAUAAAAUAUUAUGAGUGGAUCAAUAAAACUUUCGGACGACUGGGAAUCUAACAAAGAAGAACUCUAUGCUUGGAUUGAUGAGUUUGAACUAUCAAGACCAAAAAAAUGCUUGAACCGAGACUUCUCCGACGGUGUUUUAGUAGCGGAAAUUCUAAAAAUAUUGUAUCCACGCCUGGUUGAACUCCACAAUUAUGCUUCAGCCAGCUCCAGAAAUCUAAAAAUCGAAAACUGGACAACACUGAACCGAAAAGUGCUGAAAAAAUUGAAACUAAAUCUUAAAAAAGAACAAAUUUUCCAAAUCGUUGACGCGGUACCGGGAGCUAUUGAAAGUUUUCUAAUGAGAGUCAAAAAGCAGAUAGAUUUAGAAAAAAUGGAGCAACAAAAAGACAACAAUUCUGAUUCACAGGAUUCCAGUUUUCUAGAUUCAUUGGAUGAACAGAUAGAAAGUGCAGCACUGUUGGAGAAGAUACAAAACUUGUACAAAAACGAAGCUAAACUGAAUAAAACACUCAGUGAGAAGGAUGCAACGAUUGGAAAACUUGAAAGUAGAGUGAAACAUUUGGAGGAGAUUUUGGAGCUGAAAGAUCAGCGGAUUGAAGAUUUGAUGAGAUGUGCCAAGAAAGAGAAUCAUAUCGUUUUCUGAUUGAUGGAUUUUGUUAAACUAAACUAGAAACAUCUUUGAAAUUUUCGAAUCACUACUUCUCAUUCAACAAAAGAUAUCAGCCUUACUUUUUCAUUGCGUUAAAAGAUACAGGAAAAGGAAUAUUCUACAGACUUAGUGCCGGUUGCACAACAGCCGGUUUAAUUUUAACCGUGAUUAAUUCCACGAGAACAAAUGAGAGAAGCCGUCUUUUCAAAAACGCCUUCUCUUAUUGGUUCUCGUAAAAUUAAUCAAGGUUAAAAUUAAACCCGCCUAUUGUGCAACUGGGCCUUGAACGGUCAAUUAAAUCCAGAAUAUUUUUCAAUUUUCAAAAAAAUCAUGAAAUUAUUAACAAUACUUUCAUGGAGCAGGUUUUAAGAUAUAAAUUUGAUCGGAAUAACUGCUUAUAAUUUUCAGACUUCUGUAAUAUGUACAUUCUUUAGAAUCGCAUUUCAUAAAAUAUGACAAUAAAUCAAUUCAAAUACA